UUGAACCAACCACAGGGAAAAUAACAGUAAUCCGGAGUCUGUCUCAGACAAAAGAACUAUUCUUCCUUCUGAGAAUUGUGGCCAUAGAUUUGGGUGAAAAGUCAGAUGAAAUGACUGUCAACGUGUCAGUGAAUCGCAACCUCUUUGCACCAUAUAUCAAUCCAUUAUCAUACAUUAGAAUAAUUCCAGAGACCUUCGUCUUGGGAGAUAGUGUUGUAGAAAUUCUGGCCUCGGAUUUGGAUCAAAAUGGCCCAUGGAAUUCCCUAAGCUUCCUGAUUGUGAGUGACUCCACCUCUCUUCAAUAUUUUUACAUAGAUAACAGUGGCAUCAUCCGUCUGAAGCAGUCCUUGGUCCAGACAACUCAGAAUGAAUUUCAUAUGUUGGUACGAGUCAGUGACCAAGGUGAUCCCCCUAACAUUGCUCCAAACAUGGCUAAUGUUACUGUAUAUGUGACCAAAAAUGUGUAUAAUCCAAUAUUCUUCAAUGAAACCUACAGCUUGGUCAUUCCUGAGAAUCAACCAGUAAGCUCAGUCUUGUUUACACUGACUGCAGGAGAUAAUGACACUGAGUUCAACAAACUGACCUACUUUGUGGAAGGUGAUCUGACAGCUCCACAGUUUUUUGGAGUAAACCCAAACACAGGUGCAAUUACUGUGACGGCCCCACUGACUCAAACUGGAACAAAUUUCUUCACUCUUCGAGUUGGAGUCAUUGAUAAUGGGGCAAUGCCAAGGCGUGCAUACGCACUCGUUUUCAUUCGUGUGACCCGCAACUUUGGUCCUCCCUAUUUCAUAAGUAAUCAGCCUAACCAAGCUACUAUUCCAGAGAAUGCUGCCCCAGGCUUUUCUGUCAUGCAGGUCUCAGCAAAAGAUGAUGAUGUGACAAUUACACUGGUGGCUACAGACAGAGGAAAUCCCGCUCUUCAGUCCCUCCCAUUUACUGUAACCGUGAGAACAAUUCGUAAUCUCUAUCCACCUGUAUGGGUUGGAGAACCCUAUGUGUUUAAUAUAAUACCACCUUUCACUGAAGGCCAAGUGCUUGGUCAGCUGAUUGCAAAUGAUGCAGACAGUUUCUAUGCGUAUGUUGAAGACAAUGGAUCACCACCAAUGUCCGACAUUGCCCUUGUGACAGUCAAUGCCAAUCGCAACAAUAGACCAUCAUACCCUCAAACCAAUGUAGCAGUGACCAUCCCAGCGAGUACAGAUCCAGGCACUUUGGUUGCUCAGUGUAAUGCCACAGACAGUGACUCUCCAAACACACCCAACGGCCAAGUGACACAUUCUCAAAAUAUAGUUUUGUGUAUGCUUAUACAUAUUUUUCUUCUCUUUGCCAGAAACAUAUUCCGUGUAUUAGAAAAUGGUGGUGUUGUUCUUCAGCGUGAACUAAUCCAGGACAAAUCAACAUCAAUUUACACAGUUCUCAUCAAAGCUAGAGACAAUAGUGCUUUUCCCUUGGAAGCUGCUGGCACCUGUACUGUCGCAAUCACUGUUUAUAGUAAUCAGGCUCCACCCCAAUUUAUCGACACACCAUAUGACAGAGUUAUUGAACGUACAGCUCCAGCUGGCCUGGUUAUUGUCGACACAAACACCACAGAUGCUGACACCUCUGCUCCAUUCAAUGUAGUUACUUACGCUAUUAUAAGACAGCCAGAACCACCCAUCUUUGCCAUCAACUCAACAACUGGUGCCUUUUCCUUGACAUCUAAUGUGGCAAGCCAGAGCUCUUCAUCUUACACUAUUGUCAUCAGUGCCACUGAUGGAGGGGGCCUGACAACAUACAAUUUAUUUACAAUCACUGUGAACCAGAACUUGAAUGCACCUGUUAUUACUAACCCUGGCGCUAACACCAACUAUACAGUCACAGUAGAAAUUCUGGAAACUCAUUCAUUCAGUCAGAUAGUUUACCAGGUCCAGGCUGUUGAUCAAGAUCAGGGUCUUGCAGGAAAAUUGAUUUACACAUUGACAGGAACACCAUUAGGCCAACAGUACUUCCAGAUGAAUUCUGACACUGGAGCCAUCACACUGAGGUCAUCCCUGCUCUCUGAUGCAUCUCUUCAGUACAUUCUAACUGUGACAGUCCAGGACAGUGAUCUAAACCCCAAGCAGGCAGUUAACACAGGCACAGUUAUCGUUACUGUCUACAGAAACACUUAUACACCAGCGUUUAUCAAUGAAAACAGCUAUCCUAAACCAGUCAACCAGGACUUGGCUGUUGGGCAGCCUGUCACUCAAGUGGCAGCAUAUGAUUCAGACAGGGUUGGCACAUAUGAAAAAGUCACUUUUGAUAUUGUUGGAGAUGGCCAGGCAGCUGGCUUAUUUCGCAUUGAUGCCAACACUGGUGUUAUCACUCUGCAAAGUUCAUUGAGUGGUGUUUCUACAAAUGUAAUCUAUUUGAGUGUGAGGGCCAGCGAUAAUGGAACACCACCAAAGACCAACAUAACUAGAUUUCCAAUCUCCUUGAAUCUGAACUCGCGUAUGCCUGUAUGGGCUGACCCUACCAAUCCAUCCUUCAAUCCAUCGAGCCCAGCCUAUGUGUUCACCAUCAAUGAAGACCAGAUACUGUAUCAGCCAUUUGGGCGCCUGUCAUCAACAGAUGCAGAUACCAGUCCACCUCACAAUGUAUCAGACUUCUUCUACUCACCCGAGAAUCAGGCAGCACUAGAGUACUUCCGUGUCACCUCUCAGGGUGAAGUGUCUGCCAUCAAGAGUCUUGUCGGAGUACCUGCAGAUAAUUACACGUGGACCAUGGGCCUCAGAGACUUGGGAACACCACAGAUGACCAAUAUAAUUAUAGCCAGAGUGACUGUGUUUGUCAUCAGGAACAGAUACUCACCAAUAAUCGUCAACUGUCCUCCUGCUAUAAAUACAACAGUGAACGACAACGCACCAGUUGGGACAAGACUGUUCCAGUUAACUGUCAGAGAUGAUGAUGGACCUAGAUAUGGAAAUGUUACUGUGCAGCUGAUUGGCGAUGAUACAGCCACUGCUGUGUUUACACUUGACUCACAGUACUACAUUGCUGUUAGUGGAAACCUUGCCUCCAGCAGUGUUGCCAGAUAUCAGUUGAGAAUUGUAGCAUCAGAUCUAGGAAAUCCUCCAAGACAAACUACAUGUGUGACUCCAGUGUAUGUCGACCAUAACUUAUACACCCCUGUGUUCCCAGCCGGUGGCUUCUCAGCCCGUAUACUGGAGAUUGCACCAGUAGCAAGCAAUGUGCUCAGACUCAAUGCCACAGAUGCUGAUUUCUAUAGUCCCUACAAGGAUAUUAGUUUUAGCUUUGGCAACAAUCUGGGAUCACAGCAAGCAGACACUUACUUCAUUGUGAUGUCCAGUGGUAUGAUCAAUGUGCUGCGACCUCUGACACUAGACACCACUAACUCGACUGAAUAUCAAAUUCCAUUCAAUCAGCUGACCUAUCAGUUAGUUGGAGAAACAUUAGCUCUGCAGUACUUCAGCAUUGAUGCCACUGGUGUGAUCACUCUCAGACAGAGUCUUGUUGGAGGUCCCAGUCAGAUUAUUCUGACUGUCAGAGUUUGUGAUGGAGGAAACCUCUGUGAUCAGAGAAACUUCUAUGUGUAUAUCCAGCAAAAUUUCAACCCGCCAGUCUUCUCAGCUAAUUCUUACAAUGUAACAAUCCCAGAGACCACACCGGAUCCGACAGCACCAUACAAUCAGAUCACUUACAGAAUGGAAACUACAAAUGUGCGCUUUAGCAUUGAUUCAGGCAAUGGCUCUAUUCGUGUCAGCCGAGCUCUGACUGGAGAAACCGAAGCUUCAUUUACUUUCAACAUUUUUGCUGUAGAUGGAGGUGGUCUGACUAGUGCACUCAUCCCUGUAACAGUCUUCAUCAUCAGAAAUGGCUACUCACCACUGUUCUCUAAUGCUACAUGUGAUGCUGGAAUACAAGCCAGUGUAACUGUGGGAUCACCGGUAGCAGCUGUAAUGGCCACAGAUUUAGAUACACAGCUUGAAUUCGGCACAUCUUCUAUUAGGUACAUCAUCAUUGGGGAUGAUGGUGCCCCUAACUACUUUACUAUAGACAGCCAGAGUGGGCAGAUUUUAGCAGCCAGUGGAAUUGGCUCCAGCAGCACUGAUGUCUUCAGGGUUCGAGUAGAAGCAAGAGAUGGUGGUGGGAAAUCAGCUGUCAAGGUCUGCACCAUCACCGUGACCAGAAAUCUCAACAGUCCAGAGUUUUCCCCUGCAAUAUAUUCUGCCCGAAUUUUGGAGACAUACCCAAUACAGGCCUCAGUGCUCCAAGUUACCAUCACAGAUGCUGAUACAAGUCCCCCAAGUAACCAAGGCAACUUCAGUCUUUCAGGAGAUGCGCUUUGUCUGGAAUACUUCCAAAUACAGGACUACUCUGGAAUCAUCUCUCCCAGAAAAGAUCUUAGAUUUAAUAAGGCAAAACCAGCAACGUAUACUGUGAGUGCAUUUUUAUCAUGGAUUUGCACAGUAACAGUAACAGAUCGGGGUGUGCCACCUCGCAGUGGUACCAAUACAGCAACAGCAACUAUCGCAGUGGUGUACAACAAAGCUCCAUCCUUCAACCAGAAACUGUUCAAUGUCACUAUCAGCCGCACCAUCCAGGACGGCGCCCCUGUUGCAAGCUUCACAGCCAGUGAUCCAGACACAGAUGUAGGUCUCAUUGUCGUGUUCCUAUUUUGUUUGUAUCUUCGCUCCUUUAUCCUUUAUGUGUCUUUCUGUGUGUUUUCUGUGCUCCUUUCCUUCCUCUACACUUUACACACCAUCAACAUACUUAUGUAUUCUUCCCCCCCCCCCAAAGUCCCCUAA